AUGACGGAGCUUUUCACUGUGUCUUUGAUGAUCGAUGAUAUUGGGGAUGGCUCUCGACUGCGGCGCGGGUUGCCUGCUGCUCAUGCCAAGUACGGGCUAAGCCAAACAGUCAACUCGGUCACAUAUACGUAUGGCACAGCCACGGUCCUGGUUAACAUGCAUCUACAUCCCGGUUGUAUGGGAGUUAUGUUAGAGAGCUUGAUAUCCUCCAGCAAGGUCCUGCAGGGGCUGGACCUCAACUGGAUCCUUCAUCAAAAAUGCCCCACAGUGAGCGAGUACCUGGUGAUGGUGGACCACAGAACUGGCGGGUUCUUCCAGCUGGCCCUGCAAUUGAUGCAGGUUGAAGCGGGCGCUCCGCUCAAUCCUAAACUUAUUCAUCUCAUGACUCUGGUGGGGAGAUACUAUCAAAUUUGGGAUGAUUAUUAG